UCCAGGGAAGAGGGGGUUCUCUGUUAGGGCAAUAAAAGUUCACGCGACAAGAACCCGUUAGUAAAAAAUAAUUAAACAAAAAACAAAAACAUCGCCAUCACGCGUUAGUCUUCGCGUUUUCUUUUUUUAUUUUAUUUCCCUUAUUUCGAAGAUGACUACGGCCGCGGUGCCACCUCUCUUUGACUUCAGCGAAGUUAUCAUCAACAACAAGAACAACAAAAUGCUGAAUUACAACAACAACAUCCUCAGUGCUCCACACACCAUGUCUGUGCCCUGCACUGGAGCGAAUCUGCCCAUCUCCAGCCCCACUGGGAGCCUGCUGGACAGGAAGGCUGUGGGGACUCCCUCCAUCAGCGGGGUUUACCAACGACGGCACUCUGUCACUUUGCCCAGCAGCAAGCUCAACCAGAACCAGUUCCUGAGCAACAGUAAGGUGGACCCAGCCCUGCUGGGCUCGGGAAUGGGUAGUGCCGGCGGCAGCAACAAGGAGAACCGGCUCCGGGACCGGUCCUUCUCAGAGACCGGGGAGCGCCUGCUGCAGAAAUGCGCGGGCUCCGGGGGUCCCGGCGGCAGCCAGGUGAACUCGAGCCGCUACAAGACGGAGCUGUGCAGGCCCUUUGAGGAGAACGGCACCUGCAAGUACGGCGACAAGUGCCAGUUUGCGCACGGCAUCCACGAGCUGCGCAGCCUGUCGCGCCACCCCAAGUACAAGACGGAGCUGUGCCGCACCUUCCACACCAUUGGCUUCUGCCCCUAUGGCCCACGCUGCCACUUCAUCCACAACGCGGAGGAGCGCCGCGGCCCCCCGCCCACUCCGUCCCCGCUCUCCGCUUCCAACAAGCUGGAGAGGCCCCGCCUGCAGCACAGCUACAGCUUCGCUGGCUUCCCCAGCUCCGGGGGCCUGAGGGACAGCCCCACCUCGGUCACGCCUCCCCCCAUGUUCUCCCCGGAUGAGCUGCCGGAGUGGCCCAGCAGCAAUCCCUUCACGUACUCGAGCCAGGAGCUGGCCAACCUCUUCGGCCCCGGCCUGGGCGGUGGGCCCUCGUCUGGCCCCGACCCCGUCGCCCAGGCGCCACCCUCUCCGUCCGCGACCCCUUACUACUUCAGGCCCAUGUCGGAGUCUCCCCACCUCUUCGAGUCUCAGUCCAGCCAGCCAGACUCCCUCUCUGAUCAGGAGGGCUACCAGAGCAGCUCUGGCGGGAGCCUGAGCGGCUCCGAAUCCCCGGUCCUUGACACCACCCGCCGACUGCCCAUCUUUAGCAGGCUCUCCAUCUCCGACGACUAAGGUGCCAGCAGCCUGGUCCUUCAUUGCAUGCAGCAGCAGUGGGUGGGGAGUGCGAGAGAUGAGUCUCUCUCUCUCUGUCUCUCUCUCUGUCUCUCUCUCUCGUGUCCACUCUUUGGCCUUCUAGGGGCAGUAGACUUCCCUCGUUCUGUCACUUAGGCUUUAAUAAAAAAUUAAAAAAAACAAAGGUAAAAAAAAAUAAAAAUAGAUGCAGUGAAUUAAGGGAACUCUCUCUUCCGGUCUUUAUGUAACCUCAACAAGCAAAAAGUCCCCCUUUGGCCCACAGCCUGUUUUUGUUUUGCUGCCUUGGCCUCAUCUCAUAGGCGCCCUGCCAUGACGUGUAAGACUUCCAAAACAACUAGAGCAGGAAGUUGAUUGGUAGAAGGUAAGAAAGUGUUGUGCCAGGUGCUACUGUGUGGCAUUGUCAGAAAGGACAUGCCGAGGGGAUGGGUUCUGUGCUGACGACCCUCCCAACACCCCUCCCCCGUAGCACCACUCGAGGACAGUCUGUUCGCUAAAGUCACGCUUAGAUCAUUCACAACUGUCAUCUGCAGACUAUCCUCGAGGAGAGGGGAGGAAAAAAUAAAGUGCCUAGCUUUUCUUGUGUAAGCAUCGAGGUGGAAAGACUACCAUCUCUUGGUUAGGUUUUUGUGGCCUGGUAUAGUGGCUCUUGCUCUGAGCAUUCUUUGGCCUUGCUGUUAGAUGGCAGAGUGUGGCCUCCUACGACUUCGACUUCCCGUGCGGCUGGAGAUGGGAGUUCGGAACACGUUUGGCACAUUUGUUUUUAUCACGUGCUGCCUGCUCCAGCUCUUUCGUUCUUUUUAUUUUCCCCCCUUUUCUUGAAAGUAGCACAAAGCCCUGAGAUUUGGGUUUUUCCACGCAAAAAGGAACAACUCCGCUGUCCCCUACCCCAGUUCCCCCAUUGUGGCUGGUCACGGUGUUUGUUGGGAAGGGAAUGCCUAAGUGGUUGUUAAACUUUAAAAGACUCACUUCUUCCCCCACUUUCCAAUCAUCAGAGGGGGAUUUCAGCUUUCCCAAGGUGCAGCUGAACUUCCUGCAAGUUUUUAGAGCUCCGAGCUAACUUGGAGAUCUGCUCAGUGGAGCACUGGGUAAUUCACUUCUCCCACCUCUUCUUUUGUUUGACUUGUCAUUGUUUAUUGUUGUUGUUGUUGUUGUUGUUGUUUGGAAAAGAGAACUUUCAAAUAGAAGGUUUUGCUUGUCACUGCUUAUUUAACUUAUCAAACAUAUUUAUUGGUGAUCAUAUGCAUUUUUUUGUUAAUUUUGUUUGUAUUUAUCUUGAUAAUGAAACGAUAGAAUAUAUUUUCUUUUAUGUUAAAUUAUGAUCUUCUGUAUUAAUCUUAAGAUUGUGAAGACUUGUCAACUUUCUUUUUUCACAGUUUAAUAUAUUGUACUACAAUGACUCGUUUGCAACUACACUUUGAAAAAAAAAUGAAAAACUUAAUUUAAAGCAAAAACAAACAAAUCCUCUGCGUUUUGAUUAUUUAUUAUAGAUUUUCUUUUUUCUUUUUUUUUUUCCUUUUUUUCUCCCCCCCCCCCCCCUCCCCCAAAUAUUGGACUGCAAAACCAUUAGGCUUAAUGUUUCUUUGAUUUAUAGAUAUUUGGACUCACCAGAAAGCUUGAUGUUAGUACGGUCACUUUUUAUUUCUGUAGUCAGUCUUCAACUGUUGACCCCCCCCCAAGCCUUUUUAUCCUUUAGUGUUUUUACUUGAGGCAAGUCUAGUCCUCAUGCGUAGCAUUUUAUUUUAUUUUUAUUUUUUUUGCCCUUAGUACCAGAGAUGGUAGUGGAUAAUGCAACACCAGUUUAAACUGUAAUCUACAGAAGUGUAGAUUGUAAAGCACUAGAUGGCCUGGUGUGAACUUUUUCAGUGGGAAGCAUUUGUCAGAACACAGUUGCCAGAGACAGAAGGAAGUUCAACUCGAGAUGGAAUUUCAUGGCCUUAAAGCUUCUGCUUCCAUUUUAAGUACCACCCUGAAGUGCAUUUUAAUGAGUUGUGUUCGGUGAGAUGAUUGUUCAGCAUGAUUAUCAUUGCAGGUUACAAAACUUCAGUGUUAAAAGCAGUUCCUCCAGUUACGUGCGUGAAUUUGACGAAUUGCAGGCAAUAACUGUGACCAAACGGGUUGAAGAAUGGGUGUCCUUGGUUGUUUCUGAUUUGGUUCUUGGAACACUUCCUCCAGCCCAAGUGUAAAUAUAAAAGUGCCUUUUUUCUUUUUCUUUUUUUUUUUAUACAUUCCAUUGAGCUUCUGCUCCCUGCCUUGAAUAAUGAUGCAGAAGAUGAGUGAGUAGUUUCUUCUUGUUUCCCCAGUUGUUGGAAUUGAAGAUUGGAAGGAUGGGUUAGCAGGAUGGACACACAGAAAGUAUCUAGCCUAAACUGUUGAAUGUAUUUUUUUAUUUUAUUUUUUUUUAAAUUUUUUAAAAACAGCUUUUGCUGUUCACUACAGUAAUUUCUGUGAGUUUAUAUAAAAUUGCUUUUUGUAAUGACUGAUUUGCAGUUAAAACCAAUAAACCCCAUAUUUUUCAGAAAA